GUUUUCAUCGCGUUCCAAACUUUGGAGCACUCCGUGCUCUCCGCUCGCAUGCGCGGAGCGCGCAUGAGUGGCAGCCAUGAGCUCUGGCAAGCUGCGACCGGAAGACCCGGAGGCGCAGGAAAUGACCUACGCUGCCGCAAGCUCCCCGGACCUGCUGCGAGCGAUCGAGGCCCUCACCGGUCCGGAAAAUGUGCGGGGCUGCUGCGUGAAUGCGGAGCGGGGCCAUCUCCAGGCCCUGCAGAAUGUCGUCGGCUGGACCAUUGGCGGCUUCGACACGCGGCCGGUGCCAGAGGCCGAGGAGCAGAAGCAGAAGGAUCGCCUACAGAUUCUGCUCUCCUACCGACAAGAGGCGCCAGAAGAGCGGCCGAGAGUCAGGAUGUAUGACUUCCUGUGCGAUACUCUGUUCCAGAUUCCUAUGCGACCUGUUGGCCCCGAAGUCAUCGUGCCGGACUUCCGAGACCUGCACGGCCAGCUGGUAACUCCGCAAUGGAUGGAGGCGGAUUUCAGCGGCUGGAAGGAAGGUGAGCUGCCUCGCCCAAAGCCCGUCUUUGCCGCGAAUCGCUACCCGUACCAACUGCCCGAGAGGCCAGCCAGCCAUGCGCUGCAGCGGGCGGCGCAGCACUGGCUGCUCUGGUAUUGCCACUAUCCCUGGGAGGAGGUCCCAGAUUUUCCGGAUGAUCAAAUCGAUGAGGACGUCCGACGAGAAAUUCAGCUGGUUGCAACUGCAAACGGCUUUAAGAAGGUGGACUACAUUUGGUACCGGAACCCUUCUGCAAGCGUUCCGGACCUGUUCCAUGUGCAGGUCUUCUGGAUUGUGCCAGAGGAGGCUGAAGCGCUUGCGCCAGCCGCCAUGCCGGAUGUGGCCUUCUGAUGCUCUUAGAGCCAUUAGAAGAUUGAAGAGACGUGCACUCAUGCCGAUCAGUAGGGCUUCCGCGCUCUCAUGGACAUUCUUCCACGCGCAAAAACAUCUUCGGCGUGCUGGCAAAAGGCUCUGACCAAGCUGCUGCAAUUGCGAGCCAUGGUCAAUUUGGUUGAGCUUGAAGCAGCGCUUUACUUGUGAGAGGAACAGGAUAAAUUCAAGAACCGAACAGCUUGGAAGCAUGUCUGAGCCGCGCUCAGAAACAGCGAUGGCUUAUGCACGAGCUGUAGAGACUGGCUGGCGCGGAGCAG